CCGCCGUCCUGGCCGGACUCGCCUCCGCCUCCGCGUCGCCCUUCCUGUCUGACAGCUUAUUCCAGGGCAGCACCGGAUCGACGGGGAGGAGCUUGCUGCAGACCAAGAAUGACUGCCCUAUGAGCUUCGAGACCCAGAACUACACGAUCCUCACAAACAAGUGCAAAAGGCCACAAUACCCUCCUACCGAAUGUUGUGAUGCUUUCAAGGAAUUUGCGUGCCCAUUUGCCGCGUACAUCAACAACCAGAGCACUAACUGUGCAGACACAAUGUUCAGCUACAUCGACUUCCAUGGCUACCCAAAAGGCCUGUUCGCCGACGAGUGCCUAAAAGGAAAGGAAGGGGUUUCUUGCGAAGGCAUCCCAGCGGUAGACACCGGCGUGCCCAGUGGCGGGCGACAAGUUCAAGGGGUUUCGCGUCCUUUGGUUGUGCUCCUGUGUGGACUAGGAGCAUUGUUGUUCCCUUGAGUGGUGUGAUUCCCUGGACUUCUCCAAAGAUGGCGUGUUGUCAGUUGUAAGUAGUAAGGCUUAGGAUUCAUUUGCUUCUCCUUGACACUCUCUUCCAUUGCUAUAAUGUGUCCAUUUGUUACA